GCGUGCACGUUGGGUCGUUAGUUAUCGCGAGUGAGUGUAGUGAGUGAGCAUGUUCGUCCGCGUCGUGGCCAUCCUCGCCACCGCGGCUUUGGCUCUGUCCGUUGCGCCCCCCGAUCCCUGUUACGAAGACGGUCGACCAAGACGCUGCAUACCGGAUUUUGUAAAUGCAGCAUUUGGAAACCCGGUAUUAGCAUCUUCUAUCUGUGGAAAGCGCGGGCCUGAGCGUCUUUGCGAUCCACCUGGAGAUCAGAACCCAGAAAACGCGUGUCGAGUUUGUGAUGCUGCAAGGUCAGAUAGACGGCAUCCUCCGGCUCAUUUAACUGAUUUGAACAACCCUCACGACGUGACCUGCUGGCGGUCUGCGGCACUGUCACCGGCAUCCUAUGAUUCGCCACCCGAUAACGUUUCUUUGACUCUUUCUUUGGGAAAGAAAUAUGAACUAACUUACGUCAGUCUUCAGUUUUGUCCCAAAGCUGCUAGACCUGACUCUGUGGCGAUUUAUAAAAGCGCGGAUUACGGGAUUACUUGGCAGCCCUUCCAAUUCUACUCGAGUCAGUGUAGAAGGGUAUAUGGACGGCCCAAUAAAGCGACAGUAACCUCGGCAAAUGAGCAGGAAGCUAGAUGCUCAGAUUCCCAUAGAUUAGGCGAGAAUUCUGGUGCAGCUAGACUGGCAUUUAGUACUCUGGAGGGUCGUCCAAGUGCCGCCAACUUCGAUGUAUCACCGGUGUUACAAGACUGGGUGACAGCUACUGAUGUCAGAGUAGUUUUCAAUAGAUUACACAUGGUCAAUGAGGGCGAUGAAGUAGAUAACAAAAAGCAGGCGGCGGCGGGUACACAGCAUUACGCAGUUUCGGAUUUUGCGGUCGGUGGGCGGUGUAAAUGUAACGGGCAUGCAUCCCGAUGUAUUCCUACAAAGGGCGAAGAUGGACAGACGAUGCAGCUGGCCUGUGACUGCAAGCAUAACACGGCAGGAAGGGACUGCGAGCGAUGUAAGCCCUUCCAUUUCGAUCGACCCUGGGGACGCGCUACGGCGAGAGAUGCUAACGAAUGCAAAGAAUGCAACUGUAAUGGCCACGCGCGUCGGUGCCGCUUUAAUAUGGAGUUGUACAAGCUGUCUGGUCGUGCAAGUGGCGGAGUCUGCCUCAAGUGUCGUCAUUACACUGCAGGAAGACAUUGCCAUUACUGCCGGGAGGGGUAUUACAGGGACCCCACGAAACCUAUCACACAUAAAAAAGCCUGCAAACCAUGCGACUGCCACCCAGUAGGCGCGAGUGGUAAGACCUGCAACCAGACGAGUGGGCAGUGUCCUUGCAAGGAUGGAGUCACAGGGACCACUUGCAAUCGAUGCGCCAAGGGAUAUCAGCAGUCUAGAAGUCAUAUCGCACCUUGUAUACGUAUACCUCGUGUCGUGACAGCAGUCCAAGCGAUGGAGGCGGUGGACGCGGAGCCGGGACGCGCGGAGCAGUGCGGCCGGUGCCGCGCAGGCGCGAGAACUCUAAACCUCAACAAGUUCUGCAGCCGAGACUACGUCAUAAUGGGUCGGGUGGUCGGUCGCGAGGCGGCGGGCGGCGAGGGAUGGGCGCGGCUGGCGCUGAGCGUGCAGGCCGUGUACAAGCGCGCGCCGCGCAGUCGCCUGCGCAGAGGACCCGUCGCCCUCUACGUCCGCAACGUAGACAUCGCCUGCAAGUGUCCCAAGAUCAAGAUUAACAAGUCCUACCUAAUCCUAGGAGUGGAAAAAGAAGGUUCGUCUUCUGGCUUCCCGGGCUUAACGGUCGGAGACAGGACACUACUGCUGGAAUGGCGAGACGACUGGCACAGACGCAUCCGGCGCCUGCAACGACGCGCGAUUAAUUGUCAUUAGCCAUCUUGGAUUUGAAUGUUGCCAUAGCAACUGUCGAGAUGUAUGCAGCCUACAAAAUCGAAUGUUGAAUGGAUCCGUCUAUGUUCCGUGCAAAUAACUGCCAUUAUGCUGUCGAAAUAGUUCACCUAGUCGUUUAUAAGGUCGAUAGAUUUCUAGAUAUAGUUCUCGUCGAUUUAACUCGAUUUUUUAGGUAUGACAACAUUGUCCAACUCAUUGUUUUAUACCAAAAAGUUUAAAUACUUUUUCCCUUCCUAGGAUUUCGUUAUCACUUUGCAAUUAUCAAAGUAGUUAUACUCCAUAACUUUUUAGUUGGUAAAUUUUAACUGUGUUGAUGAUUGUACUAAAAGUGACUUUUAAGAUUAUUUAUUGAAUUAAUAAUGAUAUUAUAGAUACUAAAGUCUCGUUCCAUUUCAGGCAUUUUUUUAUAAUUGUUAUUUUAUAUUGAAAUGCGUAUGUUAAAUAUUGUUUUAGGUACCUACUGGCAACUUUGGCGCGAGAAGUAAAUUUUUUGGCGCAUUUUUUUGACAUUACGAAUGUAUAAUAUAGAUUAUAAGUUUUGAAAGUAAAUCAUAUCCACAGAUAGUCAUAAUGUUUUAACGUACCUCAUUUAUUAAGUACAUGUAAGGAUAGACUAAUUAGGGUACCUUUCUUAUGGCCUAUUUCCGCUAAUUUAUUGAGUUUCGACCACAUAUAUCUUGCCAAAGUAACUUAACGUUCUGUGUACUUAUAAUUUCUCUUAAAAAUCUAAAACAAUAAUAUUAAUGCCUCAAAUUGUAUGUACAGUAUUAUUAGCUUUACUAAAAUAGUUAUAACAAUUUACCUUUUGAAAACGUAUACUUUUAAGUCCGUCGGUAUGAUAAAAAAAUUAAAUGAGAAUUCCUAAAUUACUAUGAGCAUAGUGCAUAGAGCUAAAGUACACUCGAGUAAUCAUGUACAAUUGAGACGUCAGAGAUACAGGUACAGUUAGACACACAAUACAACAAAUCAUCUUGAUGGUUGAACAAUUUACAAUUAUCCAUUGUUGGUGAAUCGGUUUGGUCGAAUAAAUACCGCGGGCUCGUUACUAGAGCAUGCGAAGAUUUUGCUUGCUAUACUGAAUACGUGGCAAUGGUAAAUAUAUACACAAAAAUAACGGUUGAAUUCUUUCAUGAAAGCAAACUUUAGUACACGUACACUAAAAUGCGUACAUUAUUGUUUAUCUAUUAAACUAUUUUAGAGUCUACGAUAUACUAACAAAGUAUUAUAGAAUAUAAUCUUUUCAACAACCAUAGAGAACUAGUUGAAGCUUGUAAACUGCGUAGAAACAAUAAAGAAAAUUAUGCGUAUAAUGUCCUGCAUAAAUCAUACCAAUUUAUUCAUAGCUGCCUAUCAUAUAUAAACAUGUCAUAUUUUUUAUGUAAACCUAGCAGUAAACAGAUACACGAUAUAUCUAUCAUAUGUAUUUAUUUUAAGAUUUAACUUAAUUCGUGUGGGAACUACCUGUACUUUCCUUGCUAUCUUUCUAUAUCUAUGGGAAUAUCUAAAAUAAUACCAUACUUUUAUUUUGUUAGUUAGGGCCAAAGUUUAUAAUUAGCUGAAGCAAAUUUGACAGACAAAGAAAAUUAAAAAAAAUAUUUUUAUCGUCUUAUCAUAAUAUAUCUCCGUCUCUCUCAUAGUUGUAACAUAGUUUACGUUUUCAAAAGUUAAUAAUAAUCGUUUAGAUGGUAUAUUUAAAUGGGUAUAGACUCGCUUGAACGUAUGAAUUGUAAAAAGUGUAUUUAGUUUGUAGACUGAAUAACAUGUUAGAAAUGCAUAUCUUAGUUUUCUUGUUGUUUAUUUUACGCGCCAUAUUAGAUAAAACAUGAAAAUAAUCACAAAAUAUAUUAUGGUAAUUUAAAUUUAAUACAUGUGACGCGUAAAAUAAAUUUAAUGUGGUUUAUAUACCUGGGUGUAUUAUGUGCAUGUUUCAUUUUGUACAACCAUAAUUUAAUCAUAGAGGGAAAAGAAAUGCCCGAAUUCCACAUUUAAAAACAAAAGAAAAACAUGCAAAUUCUGGUUGUUUAGUGGCCAUUAUUUAUAUUCUAUUAAAUUUCUGUAUAAUCUACGGAAGUUUCGCGCCAAUGCCGACACUAACGAUAAACUUGACAUAUGAAUUUUAGCGUUUCCACAGAUUGUCUUAUCCCUCUACGAUAAAAAUAGUACUUAACAAUAAUCAAUAUUUUCCCCUAACUUAUUUGAAUCAAUAAACAGUAGAAUUCCAACAUUUUGACAAACGCACAACAUUGAAAUUAAUCGUGUAAUUCCUUAAAUAAAUUAUUUCAUUUUGGCCUAAUGACAUCGUGCUUACUUCGUUUUUAGGUUAUUUAUUUUAAGAAUGUCAAUUUAAGUUAUAGACGAAAUAAUUAGACAGUCCAUCAUUAAGUUGUGAUGAUCAAUCAAUUCAUUAAGGAUGCUGAAAAUGUAUGGUCUGUCUAUCGUAAAUAUUUCGCUAUAGCACUUUGUGUUUUAUGAUACCCUGCUCCUGUGAUG